UAACGCCAGCACUGGAUCCCACAUGUGCACUGCAUGUGAAACAUUUUGCAGCGCUUGAAGAGGUAUUUAUUAUUAUUUUUUAAACAUUACAGUCAUUUCAAAGGGAUGUGUUUAUAACAGAAAAUAUCUUUUACGCUCUAAGUGAUGGUCAAUGAUAGCAAUUGCACUUAUCAUGGUAAAAACUACAGAUAUGAUCAUCUGCGAGCAUCGGCAUUGUUGCAUAACAUUCGAAAUAUAAGAAUUCGUAUAGCCACAGGACACCCAAGCUCGAAACAUGACCAUCGGCACUGUUACGUAACGUUCAGUUCGCAAAACGCGGGACGGUUAUGGGUAGUACUCACCUUUAUGAAAUUUCCAAAUUAAACUGUUCCAAGGUGAAUUUUCCGUCAUCUUAACUACGGUAGAUAUUCCUUCUGAUAGUUUUCUAUUAAGACAGUAAAUACAGCUGAAAUCAAUCCAUGUCAAGACUGAAGACAACGAUGAAUCGGUUAUCCACAUUAAAUUGCCAGAGAAAAAAAGGCUUGUGUUUUCGUCCUUUUGAUAACAGAGAGGGGGAGCUUAUUAACUUUCCUCCUCUGAAAAGGGGGGCUUAUUAGAGACGGGGGGCUUAAUAGAGGAUUUACGGUAUAUCCCUCGGCAACCCCCGAUCGUAGAUGUAUAGUCAUGCACAACUGUAUUAAAUUUCAUAGGCUGUCCUCUGGCCGCCUAAUAGUUGUCAGGUUUAUAGGUUUUCAGGCUAGCCUGCGAACAGCAGACGCAUUUCUGGUCGUCCCUAAGCGACGACCGGAAAUGCGUCGGCUGUCCGCAGGCUAUUUUCAGGCAGGCUAAAACCAGCCUGUUUUCGAGAUAUUUGGUGACCACAAUGUAUCCACAAUGUACUCGAUAUUUCAAAAGACAUUUGUUGAUCGACGGAGAAUCAAACCUUUCAAGGCAUUUCAGUCCGGAUUAUUCUUGCCAACGUACGAUCGAGAAUUGAAUGGACUGAAUCCAGCAAACUCACCGCAUCUCUCAGGAAUCUUGCAGCGCUUGAAAAGGUAUUCAGAUCAUUUAAACAUUAAAUUCAUUUCAAAGGGGUGUGUUUAUUAGAGUAAAUAUCUAUUACUCUCUAAAUGAUGGUCAAUGAUAGCAGUUGCAGUUAUAAGUGUCUCGUUCAUCGACCUCAUGGCUUUCCAUACGUCAGGGGUACCCAACGGCCGAAUGUUUCCAAAUAGGCCAGAAGUGUCUCAAAUGCUUUUCUCCUGGCUUUAGAAGCAUGUUUGGUUAUUUUGGAAUUGCCCUAAAAACUUUGUAUCUGUUCGGAUGUCUUAGGGGAACUUUGGUUGUCACGAGAGUCUUUGGUGGCUUUUUCGUCUCAUCUGAAUGUGUAAGCUAUACCCAUAGGGGAACUUUGGUUGUCACGAGAGUCUUUGGUGGCUUUUUCGUCUCAUCUGAAUGUGUAAGCUAUACCCUUAUGGAUCCAGUAGAAAUUAAAGCAUGAGGACAUGAAGUAGCCUUGCUUUGAUUAGAAAAUUAUAGGGGACGUUUUGUCUUUAUACGGAAAUUUUUAGGAGACCUUUUUUGACAAUAAUCGCAAUAAGUUGGUAUUAAAAUGUGAAUAACACAACCUCCGAAAAUUAGAAAACCUUCCAACAUUUAAGACAAAUGGAACGGUUAUCCAGCACGUUUUAGCUUUUCUCAAGCUUUAGAAAUAUCUAGGCAAUAUGUGUUCCUUCGAACAGUUAUUUUACAGAAACAAGUCGCUGGGUGCCCCUGAUAUGUCUGAUCUGGGGACCGGACGGUUGCAUCAUGGUUAUGCAAGUACAGUCGACUCCCGAUACUGAACUCGAACCUUCAAGGGAAAUAGAAAAAAGGUUCGAGUUAUCGGGAGUUCGAAGAAAAUAGCCGAGAGUAAGGUAAAAAACAGUUUUUACUGCACUGUGAAUAUUUUAAUCACAUUUAAUUGUAGAAAUGUGAAGUGAAAAUUAAAAGAUCCUUUUUAGAUUAUAAAGCAGAACGUAACGUAACAAAACAUAGCCUAGUAAACAGAGCAUGCGUUUUACUGUUUUGAGAAGAAAAGCUGCUUCAUGUUAGCCUGUGACAAUCAACAUUAGCCUCCACUAGUAAACUAUACUCCUACAACACGUCAAUAGGAAAUCCAAAAUUCAAUGUUUCGGACGCCAGUAGACGGCUUUUUUCCCGACUUUUUAAGGGCUCAAAACAUGCUUCGAGUUAUCGAGGGUAAAAUUAUAUAGAAAAUGACCUGAGGGGAAACGAAAAUUGGUUCGAGUUAGAAGAAUUUCGAGUUAUCGAGGGUUCGAGUUACGGAGGGUAAAAUUAUAGUGAAUGUAUGACGGAAAUCCAGGGGAAAUCGAUUUUGGUUCGAGUUAGCGCGAGGUUCGAGUUAGUGUCGGUUCGAGUAAUCGGGAGUGGACUGUAAUCCUCAUUUUCCUUUCCGUCCUUUGUCUUAUUUAGGCAGGGGAACAGGUUAAUGCGCGUUAAAAUCGCCUCACUUGAAGAAAAAUGAUGCACGAAUAUAUUAAGGCAGUUUCGUGUUUGUCUUGUUUUUGUUUUUUUUAAUAAGCUUGGGCCGAAUAACAAAGUAAAGCACCUUUCCUUUGCCGACAUUUUUUCGGGUAACGUGAUAGAUGGUUUCAAGAGGAGGCUAGCUAACGUUCCCACACUAUAAAAAUGAGAGAGCUAGUAGAUUGCAUCAAAUAUGGUUCCCUAUAUUUUAAUUCCAUAAAUUCGAUUGGUAGAAAACAUAAAUGUUGGGGUAGAAGUUGUCGUAAUAUCAUGGGUGACAAAUUACUCCCUAAUUUUGGCGCGAAAUUUGACACAUGUGAAAUUACAAAGUUUCGCACUUCUCACUGCCAAAAUGGCGUCAAAGUGUUCUGAAAAUGUAUGAAUGAAGCUGUCAGGGCAUCAAAGGACGCGUUCGGAGACCUAAACACACGAAAGAACACAUCAGUCCACUUGGAACGUUUUUGACGUUUCUUCUAAUGCUUUUAGUAAAGUAACAAUUAUACUUACGGUCCCGCUUCAAAUAAUCUGACCAGGCCUUUUCCUGGAAAAAUAAAUCAUAAAAAACGACAUUCAUUCAUCUAUAUAACGCCUGAAAAUUUCGCAGUAGUCACAAAGAAAAUGCAAGAACAAGCUUUACUCAGGAGAAAAUCAAGUCAGGGUAACUACAGACUUUGGCAUCGCAACAUUUAAGCUGGAACAAACGAACGGAAGAACAUAAAAAAUACGGCAGUUAUAAAUUAUUGCACGAUUCAUUUUGCUAUGGUCCGUCAAUAUGAAUUAAGGAAAUGGAAAGAAAAUUACUGUUUAAUAAAAAAGCACUACACGCUACUAUGGAGCAACAAUGAAAACAGGCUUUAUGUUACUUUACAUAUAUAUAUUAAGCCCAUUAUUGAUUUGGCGGAAUCUCGCUUCCAUUGAACUCUGCCUUACUGGGAUACAAAACAAUGACAAAUCCAUUGGGGAUGAAUUUGGCCAUAGGAGUGGCCCUCUAUUCAAUUAAAGCCGUAAAAUAAGCUAGGAAAACCCAGAUGCACAGGCAAAAUGAACAGAGGGGCUCCUUGCCUCGCUCUUAUGACUGAAGAAUCUAUGUGUGAGUCUCACGCCCGCGGACUUAAAACAUCUACAUGUACAUAAAAUUUAAAGUCCUACAAAGGUUGGUACCCAUCACUGCAAGACAUAUUGAUAAAAUUCAAAAAUAAAUAAAGAAAGAAAAUUGGAAAUUGAAAAAAAACAACAACAACAACAAUCAAUGUAGUAAAUGCAACUUGCUAGUUAAAAACUUCAGUUACUCUAAUCUGAUGUGAGCCCUUUCUGAAACAAUGGGUUUUUUUCUAUAUCUGAAACAUUGCGAGGCAAUGAAUUCCAUUCCUUUAUUGUCCUGCAGCAAAAAGAGUUUCUGUAGGCCUCAGUUUUUGGUCUCAAUUCGAUGAAUCUGUCAUUGUCAGACGAUCGUAGUCGGCGAUUGCGCCUUUUGAUGUAGCUUAACAUCGAUCGCAUCGAGGACAAAUUCUCAGGUCCGACCUACAAAUCCCGACGAAUUGUCCCUUAUUAACACAUUAAAUGAUAAACUUCAUUUCAUAUAUUUUUAUUAUUUCUUUCUUCUUUUUAACAAUCAGUUCGAAAGCCUUCGGAAAAGCAUCAAAUAGCUUCGGAAGUGUUCAAAGGUCGUUUGAAAAUCUCCGGACAUUUUCGUCAACGUUAGGAAGUCUUCGGAAAAUUGUCGGAAAUCUUCGGUCGCUGGGACAUUUUUCUGAAAUUCUGGUCAUGACAAGAUGAAAAUCUUACGCAUUUGAGUCAGAAAUGUUGGCAAGUGCGGACAGUAAAAAGAGUUAAAGUCAACAAACUGACCAAGAAUCGGCACGUACCCUCACUUGGUCUUAAUUAUGAGCCUGGAUGAUAGCAGCAUGAUGUGAACAUCACCACAUGAAGCCUCUUCAGCACUCACAUGAUAUACUCAGUGGAGGAUCCAGGUGGGGACCUGGGGGGCCCUGCCCUUCCCCCCCUAUUUUUAGACCAAACUGAGGCCCGAAGGGCCAAAAAAAAAUAUACCCCCCCGCCCCAAUUAUCCGCUAAAGGUCUGGAUCUGCCACUGAUACUAUGUUUUGCCUUUCAGUUAAAUGUGCUAUGUUUCUGCGUUUCCGUCAAGUCUUUUGCCUCUGUUUUUUUACCUCAUGUUGCUCAAGCCGAAGAAAUGAUUCUAGCCAACUCGUGACGCCUGCUUAUCUCAUGAUCAGCGAGUGCGCAUGGUCCAGAGCGGUGAAAAAACGGGCUCGAUCAUGAACGCCAACAAAACCUCACUUUUUAGGCUAUCCAGCAUGAUUUUAUUGCUCUAAAAAUGAAUUAAUUACAAGCGGCGCUAUAAAUUUUGUAUCUGUUCGGUCAUCCUAGGGGAACUUGAGGCUUUUCGAGAUUACAAGGGUUCAGUAUCAUUUUCCCGUAAAGUUUAGAUGCAAUUUAACGUAUUACGAAAGUAAGACUUGAUUCUGAUUCUUCCCUCCAUCAUAUUUUUGAACCAAAAACUCUUAGGUUUCCUUUUUUCUACGAAAAAUAGCCAAAACUGGGAAGUGAAGUGUGAAAAAUUAAACUUAAGAAAAACGUAAGGAAUUUAUUAGAUAAGCUUCGAAAUUUGUACAUGAACGGAAUGGUCAUCUUGAAAUUUUUAGCGUUCCUCAAGUAAUAGAAAAUUCUAGGCAAUAUUUGCUUCUCCGAACAGAUAUUUUACAGAAAACAGUCUUUGGGUUUUUAGGCUAUCUAGAGUACUUUUAGAUCUCUACAAGCGGCGCUAUAAAAUUUGUAUCUGUUCAUUCAUCCUAGGGCAAUUUGAGUCUUUUCGAAAUUCCAAGGGCUUCCGUGUUAAUUUCCCGAAAAUUUUAGAUGCAAUUUAACGCAUUAUACGAAAGUGCGAAUUUUUUUGUUUCCUCUCUCCAUCACAGUUUUGAAUCCGAAACUUUUAUGUUUCCUUUUUUCUAACAUAUGGGGUGAAAUGUGAAAAAUUAAACUUCAGAAAAUCGCAGGGAAACCUUCGCUUAUCUAGAAAUUUUUACCCGUCCUCAAGCAAUAGAAAAUUCUAGGCAAUACUUGCUUCUCCGAAAAGAUAAUCUGUUUUACGAAAAGCAGUCUUUGGGUGCCCCUGAUGAAGGGAUCUCGGAGUAAAGGCUCAACUAUUGAGCAAGGGUGGCAUUAGGCUGAGUUAGCAACAGAACGAGAACGUCAGUUGAUGACGGGAAAGCGCGCGGAAUAAAGGACUAAACAUGACUUCCGGUACCCAAUUUGCCGCUCUGCCAUUGUUUAAGCCAGUUGUUUGAUUUGCGCGCGCGGUCGUCAACUAAAGUUCCUGUUCUGUUGCUAAAUCACCCUAUUGACAUAGGCGUAUGGGCCGGGGGGCGAGGGGGGCUGCAGCCCCCCCAAAUUUUGGGCAACUCAGAUUUUUUGGGCAGCGAGAGAAAAUUUGGGCAAAGCCAGUUUUUAAAGACGUCUCCAUGUUUAUUUAAUUAUUUUAAAGACCUGAAUAUUAACCUGAAGUCGGCGUAAUAAUCCAGUUACAUUACAGUGGUUGCCUAGCAUAUGAUGAGUAUUUUACAUAUUUGCAGUUUUUUUCGUUGGGCACUAUACUGCACUGCACUAGCUGAAAUGGGCUAUUUCCAGUCGUGAAUUGAUUAAAAUAAACUUUCGAAUAACUUUCUAGAAUCAUCUCUACUCGAAGAACAGAGUAUGGCAGAUAGCAUUUAGCAAUGGGUAUGAAAAUGAAGAAGUGGCUGACUAAUUCUCAGUUUGAAUUACGAGAAGAAUUUUAAUUCUUUUAAAAAGUCUAUCGAGCGGUUUAAAAUUAUUCGCUAAUUUGUUAAAGUAGACCGAAAUGUUUACAAAACCACUAGUGUCUCGAUACAUACUAAUCAAAUCCUUCUUUCGAUUCUAGCAAUCAAGCAGAGCUAUCUCCACGAUCUUUCACACAUGUUUUUAAAAAGAUUAAAACUACUAUGAGGUGAAAUUGCAGGUCAAAAGCGCUUCGUUUUCUACAGAUAACGGCCAAAAAUCAAGAUUUUCCUGUUCUUACCGUAUUUCUAAUAAUAAAAACUUCAUUCCAAAAUAUCUCGAUAAGGUUUUGCUUAAACUUCACGAACAUCGAGGCGACCGUAUUGGAGAAAAAAGCUCCUGUGAACGAUUUUGUAAGGUUCCUGUGCCGGGAAUCAUUGCUGAAGUAAAAUAGGUAAUGGGCGGGGGGAGUCAUUUCGUUGCUAUGACAACUGCGAUGUCAUUGCAACUCUGAUGAUGACAAAUUUUCAUGUUAAUACAACUGUGGUCGCAAUUUUUCCAAAUGUUUGUUUAUGGCGACGUAGUUUAUGUUCAGACUUGGUAUUGACCCUGAAAAACCGUAUCGUCGAGCCACCUUCAUAUGCCACGACGGCCUAUGUUGUUGCAAUAUGGCCCUCAUUUCUUUUCGACUCUUUCGGAAAAAUUUGGGCAACUUGCGAGAUUUUUUUGGGCAAAUGGUUUACCGCCCCCCCCGGCAAAAAAUUUCCCGUACGCCUAUGCCUAUUGAGUUCCUUAGUUCGAUCCCCGGUGACAUCACAUCCUUUUUUCAACUUCUCUCUUUCCUGUGUAGCUUUUACUAGGGUUAAAUACCCUUAAAACGGAGUACUGAUGGAGAGAGUGGGGAGGGGGGUAACCUCGAGACAGAGUGGGGUACCUCGAGACGGUUAUUACUGUCUCGAGGUAUCGACUUAAAAUAUGGUUGCCUUUUUUUAGGUAUGAUAAGCUUUAGCUAUAUUUUCCUGACCAGAAUUUAGCUCAACCCCGGGUUAUCUUUCAAGAAACGUGCCGAGCCGCUAUUGGCACAUAUUCAUUCCGAAAACGCUGCCUGUAGAGGGUUGGUCUAACAGUCAAAACCGUGAACACUUUCCCCUUUCACCGUAUUUUAAAGAUGGACAUGCGAAUUUAAGGCCUACUAAGUUUCUUUGUUUAUCACACAGCAUAGGAAAAAUAAACAUGAAUAAUGUAUACAACAGUAAUCCUGUUUGCUUAAUUGCCUAACAUGUGAUGACUUUUUUUUUGUUUUAGCUUAGUGGCCAUUGCGCUUGCGACCGAAUUUCCUUCCAAAUGUCAUCGGUGCCGCGAAUCCCUUCAACGGUGCUUACGAUGUAUAUGAUGGAUAGUAGCAUCACUAUUUUUCUUUAUAUUUUAGCAUUACUGACAAUCCUAGUAACAUAAAAAAAAGCACAUUUCAUCUGCUGAUUAUGCGUUUCUCGUAUUUCAGUUCACAGAACAACAGAACAUUCGCUAUUGAAGAGGAGGCCUCAAUUUGACUCUCAGCUGAAAAGUAAGAGUUGGGAUUUUUGUUGUAGGAAUUCUGCAUAUAUAUAGCAAAAUUGAAAAAGCAAGAGUCGUCUGAUGACAAUGAAGCAAGGUGAUACCAAAGACUCGACCAAGGCUGUGAUGUCUGGAGCAUGCGCUUUCGAGGAAGCGCAGCCAGCAGUACCUGAGGUAACGUCGUCAAGCAAGGAGGAUUCGCCAACCGAUGGGGGAUGGGGAUGGGUUGUCUGCGCGGGAGUUUUUGUGGUGAAUUUCCUGACUGUUGGACAACACAAUUCAGCAGGGGUAGUGUACGUGGCCAUCAUGGAUGAGUACUCCACGCCUAGGGGAGAAACAGGUAAUUCGUUUUAAUACUGUUUAACCUUUUUUAGACUAAUUAAGUCCUUUAGAUUUUAAGGCGAGGACGACCACGAGAACGAGAUUUUCUCAAUACCAAGUGGGAUGCGUGCGUGAACCAGCGUCAUUUUGGCGGGCACACGUGAUAGCCGUCGUCACUCUACUACGAGGUUUAGCGAAAAUGUCAUAGUGGCGGGAAAACGUAACGUUACGUAAAGUUUUUAUCAUUUUAAAACCGGGAGAGGGCUUAAACUCUUUCAAUAUAUAAAAACACCUGUGCUAACUUUUCUGCUGAAAAGAAGUAAGAUGAAGCUUUUAAGGGUGAUUUUUUUCAAUUCUAUUCUUUUACUUUAAAUUAUAUUUACAGUCUUUUCUCCUCUCAGCUUGGGUCACUUCACUGGCUUCCAGCAUGAAUUACCUGUUCGCUGCUAUGGGCACUGCUCUGGCUGAACGUUACGGAAGUCGAGUAGUAGUGAUUGUUGGCUCAUUUGUAUCGGCUUCAGGACUCCUCACCAGCUCCUUUGCAACAACACUUCAACCUCUGUUCGUUACAUAUGGUGUGAUUUGGGGCCUGGGAUCAAGUCUCGGCCUAUUCCCCUCGCUUGUCAUUUUAACAAAGUAUUUUAAGAAACGUUUGAGCUUUGCAUCCGGGAUAGCUCUUGCUGGCGCCGCUUCGGGGGGGUUGGUGUAUGGCCCAUUAAUACAGAUGUUAUCGUCCGAAUUUAGCAUUUCAGUGACGUUUCAAAUUCUCAGUAGUCUACAGAUCUUGAUGUUUUUAAGCGCGCUGACUUUUGUUCCUUUAGGCAUGGAAACAGGAACAAACGUUCGACAGCGUAAUACAGCGGUUUUCGACCUACAAGUUUUCAAGAACAAAUCUUACGUCAUCUGGGUUAUUGCGCACUGUACGUUCAUGGUGGUAUUUCUUGUGCCUUUUGUUCAUUUGGUAAGUUUUCUGUUUUUGUGUAGUACGUAACAGUGCUACUGUUGAAUCGAACCUGUUCACUCUCACAGUCAAAAUAAUUGUGCCGGGAUACGUUUGAGUCUGGAUGAAAUCCUAUGGUGUGACCAUUCAAAUGAAAGCUACUGAGCAGUACUUUUCUGUGGUACUGUUUAUUAUGCUGUACAAGGUGUUUCCAACUUUUGAGCUUGUGGGCGAAAUCCUACGGUUUGGCCCUUCUAAUAAAAGCUACUGAGUGGUAUAGUAUUUCCUGUGGUACUAUUCAUUUCCAUUACAAGGUGGUUCUAACUUUUGAGUUUGUGGGCGAAAUCCUAUGGUGUGACCAUUCAAAUGAAAGCUACUGAGCAGUACUUUUCUGUGGUACUGUUUAUUAUACUGUUCAAGGUGAUUCUAACUUUUGAGUCUGUGGAUGAAAUCCUAUGGUGUGACCAUUCAAAUGAAAGCUACUGAGCAGUACUUUUCUGUGGUACUGUUUAUUAUGCUGUUCAAGGUGAUUCUCACUUUUGAGUUUUAUAGAUGAAAUCCUACGGUUUGGCCAUUCAAUUAAAAGCUACUGAGUGGUAUAGUAUUUCCUGUGGUACUAUUCAUUUCCAUUGAGAAGGUGUUUCUAACCUUUGAGUCUGAGGAUGAGUACCUUCCUUUGGUUCUGUUCAUAUUUCUGAAGAAAAUGGCUCUAACUUUUGAUUCUGCAGAAGUCCUGUGGGAUGACUAUUUAAUGAAAGAAUUUAAUGACUCUAAGGAUCAAAUCUUAUGGUGUUAUCGGCUUCCGAAUGGAAGCUGCUGGACAGAACUUUCCUGUAGUGCUCUUUUUUACAAGGUAGUAAGAAACCUCACCCUAAACAAUGCGUGGUUUGGGGAAGACUAUUAAAACAUUGGUGUAAAAACUGACCAAGAUUUUUAUUUUUCAUUUCUGACAGGUACGCUUCGCAGAAGAUAAGGGUGUCAGCAAAUCAAAUGCCUCUCUAUUAACAGGCUUUAUGUCUGUAGGAGGAAUAAUGGGCAGUUUAUUGUUCGGAGUCUUGUGCGAUUAUCCACACUUCAAGAGGCUCAUAGUCUGCCCCACGGCUGUGCUUCUCAUGGGCUUAAUCUGCGCGGUUGUUACUAAGGCAACCAAAUAUGAGUGGAUCAUUGUGUGCGCGUUUUUCUUUGGAUUUUGGGACGGUUGCUACGAAAUGCUUAUUCCCGGUGCUACGCUAGAGAUUGUUGGUGUCCAAAUGGUUGGUUACGCCAUUGGUGCUUUGUACUGUUUUAUGGCUUUUCCUAAAACGCUAGGCCCGCCUAUAGCAGGUUGGAUUUUUGACAUCUCAAACAGCUACAGCGUAUCGUUUUUCGUAACAGGUGUCGUAGCAGCUUCCGCGGCGGUCAUCAUGUCUACAAUAAACUGCGUUAAGCCUUCUUAUGAACCUGACGAAGAGAUAGCAAGAUUACUGCCUUCACCAGAGUUCGAAAAAUCAGGCUCACGAAGAAGGUUGAAGUACACCGAGCCUUGUUAAUCAUAAUCCGAGGCGUAGUAUGUUGUCGAGCGGGAGGUAUGGUCUGACUCCCGGCCCCGGGGGAUCGGGCACAAAGCGCGAGGCGGGAGAACACAAAAUAUCGUUUUCGAACCAGACGACGGAGAGGCUGGAAGAAGUCAUAUGGAGCAAGAGACUGGUUCCAGGCGAUUUUCUCUUCACGUUGCGCUCUGCGCUAAUCUCAAAUGAUUUAUUAUCUUUUUUAACAGUGAAGUUUGGACACUGUUAAGGAUACAAGUUCCAUAGUAGCAAGCAGAAUAAGUUGUAUGGAACUUAUCUGUUUGAAAUUAAGCAUUAAAACGAACGACGCUUAUAAUGUUUCCCUGACAAAGAAAGAAAACUUGUUAUGACAUGGAGAAUUGGGAUCACUAUAACGAUAAGGAGAGAACAAGAUUUUUUUUAGCUAGAGUUUUAUUUUUAUAUUUUCUUGCAUCACUCAACUUUUAUUCUAUAAUUAUGCAGCUGAGUAGGGAAGACUCCUCUCCAAGGUCCUCUAAGGCUUUUUACUGCUGGAAAAAUGAUCAAUCACGGGCGUCAUAGAAGAAGCUAACGUCGCCCUGUUUAACAGAAAAAGAGAGUAGAUUUUGUCAAAUAUGCAUCUCAUGAUUAUAACAAAAAGUUAUCCCUGUGUAUGAAUUUUAAAAA